GGUCGGAUGGGCUGGGCAGAAAACGCGCAGCUGGGAGACGUCACGCGGGCAUCGGGAGGGCACUCACGCACACACACGCACACACGCGCGCACACGGCUCACUCGCAGAGGCAUCAGACAUGGAGCCAUCUCUGCCCGAAUAGUACGGCGACUGCGUGAAGCCACAGUUCACGUUACAUCGCUCUCAUUAUUGUUGGAAAAGAUUUUUUUUUUUAAAUUGUGUUUUUUCGUGUUGGAGUAGCCAGUGGUGUUGUUGUCGGAGAAGACGACCCGGUGUUUUGGAAAUUCAAGCUCGCAAGACUCGGCAAAGACAGGACCAACAAUGACUUCAUACCCUGGCGGCCAUGGGGGCUACGGGGCGCCUGGGGGAGGUGGAGGUGCCGGCUAUCCAGAGAAGAGCGCCAAGACAAUUUACGAACAAAGGAAGAAACUGGGAAGAGGCACGUUGCAAGGAGAGACGUCACAGUACCACGUGGAGCACCUGGUGACAAUCAUCCUGGACCCGGAUGAAGGCCUCGUCACGGUGAAGGAUGCACUGAAACGCCUCGUCUUUCUCAACACCACGGGCAGGAUCUGGGUCCAGGAGAUGUAUCUGCAGGUGGAGCCCAACAGUAUCAGCUUGCUGGACUGUCACACCAAGGAGCAGCUGGAGAAAUUCGACAUGCUGUGGAUCGAGCAGUGCAAGGUAGAGGCUGGGGACGCCAGCAUUGGCCGACUGCUGGCGCUCGUCUUGAAAGACCCGCAGGAGGACUUCCCCGACAUUUACCUCUUCCAGACGGCAGAGGCCAACAUCAUCCAGUCGGACAUCGAAUCCGGAGUUGCAGAUGCACGCAGCACAGUCAAGAAGAUCAGGCCUGAGACGUUACGGCUGAACAAGGAGAAGUUGGAGCGGAUGGGUAUUCGAGAGGACGGCACGGACAUUGGCUCCGCGCAGCUGUCCCAGGGCCGAUCCCGGGGCUCGCACUCACGCCCGCCCAUGCCCUUCAUGGACCAAGGAAUGCAACCACCCCCAUCGUCGCACGACAAGGACUCAAAUUUGAAGUUGAUGAACAACUUGCUCGACGAGAUCGAGGCAUUUGUCCGGAGGCUGCAAAAAAUCCAGGAGGCGCUGAACGAAAUGGGGAAAAGGAAGAAUAAAAAGUCCAAAGGAAAGAAGAAGAGUUCUGGCGAGGGCGUGCUCACGCUACGAGCCAAGCCGCCCACCAUAGAAGAGUUUACAGACCACUUUCAGAAAUACAAGCUCCUUCUUAACCUUCUGUCGGAUAUGAAGCUUCAACUGAAGAAUCCUCCCGCCAACGACAUGCUCCAUCACCUCAUGAGGCCACUGCAAAUGAUGGUAUUGAUGUCUGGAGGGCCAGAUACGGGACGGACAAUCUUGUCACCUCCUCUGUCAAAGAACACGGUGGAUUUUAUGAAGGCGACCCUCACAUCGCAGGAGAAGAUGCUUUGGAGCUCCCUGGGAGAGGCCUGGACUAAGCCAGAGUCCGAGUGGCCAAAGGGCUGGAAGUCGAGCCCCUACACGCCCCGACUCAAGGAACCGAUCGGGAACCAGCUCGGCUUCCCAGCGCAGCCGGCGCCGGCGCCGCACAUGCCCCCAUCGUCCUCCACGACGCACCCCCCCACCGCGUAUCCGCCGCCAGGGCACCCGCCGCCGGCACACCCGCCACCGGCGCAACCCGCGCCCACGGAGCCGCCGGAGUCGAUGGCAGUGGCGUCGCACGCCGUCGCCCACAAGUCGGGGUCGCUGGAUCGCGGGGAGAGGCUGAACCCAGGCAUGGCAGCAUCUCCGCCACAACCCUCACGGCCUCCGCUGAUAAAGUUCGUGAAGGCAAAGUACGAUUUUGUGGCCCGGAGCAGCGCAGAGCUGUCAAUCAACAGGGAGGAGACUCUCGAGGUCCUGGAUGACAGCAGCAACUGGUGGAAGGUGCAGAACGAGAACGGAUCCGUUGGCUUUGUUCCCAGCAACAUGGUUGAGCCCCUGAGGAAAGGCAGAAGCCCCCAUUCCGCCGGACUGGAUAGGCACUUCUUUGACGACAACGCAAUCUACAGCGCGCCUGAACGAAGAAAAGACCCAUUCGACCGCCGCACCACACAGAUGGACCUCCUCACGAUGGAGCUGCAGAACCGGCUCCUGCUGGCAGCCAAGCCGCCCGUGAGCCAGACGAACCACGUGACCCGGGAUUCAAUGUCCGAGAUCUCGAUCCACUCGCAGCCAGCCGACGUUCAGCUGUGGCUCAGCACGCAGGGCUACCACCAUCGGACUCAGGCCCACCUGACUGGCAUCAAUGGGGAUCAGCUGUUUGCCAUGUCACGCGAUUACAUGAUGGUAGUCUGCCCUGAGGAGGGAGCUCAGCUCUACAGCCGACUGGACCAGUACAGACCUCACAGCUGGGACCAGAAUUUCAGCAACGAUCUGGGGAGGCGAAUGCUCAUGAUGCCGAAGUACAAUUAGCUACAAACCCAUCAUCAUUCCAAGAGAAAACAUUUCAGUCACCAUGACUCUACCAGGGCUCCAAACUCUUACACCUCAAAGACCACUCAGAACCCAACGUUCCACAUCCACAAACCUUCCCUGUUACAAGUUUCAUCCCGGUACAGUGGUGAGCACGCCGAUAUUGUAAAGCAAAUGAAAUGGGUUUGAAUCCCAGUCGAGGAAAGCAAAUUUCACUCAUUACGCCAACUGCCCGUUAUACUGCAGUUGGUCUAUUGGGGACAUCAAGUACAGCAAACCCUUCCGUCUCGCAGGUUUAGCUAUCACGGUUUUGCAACUGCGCGCCAGACUUGUUGAGGUACAGAGUUCGUCGAUGAUCGCGCCCCUGUGGCUCGUCGUAACUGCGCUGCUCGCGGUGACGCUGCCGCAGAAGAACACACGCGGCGCCAUCUUGUCUCCAUCUUGUCUCCCAAGUGGCCCAUCGCGGGUGCCAGGCCACGCGGUGAUCCCAGCCUCCAGUCAAGAGGAGGCAGCAAGGUUCAGCCACUAUCAAUUUUUCUUCCCGUUUUGUACAGCACUGUACACGGAUACCACGCGUACAGUCUUGUAUACUACAUUUAAAACAAAAUCAUUCUAUACAUUCACCGUACAAGUUAUAUUUUAACACUACAAAAUAUAUUUUACACUCAAAAUGCUUCCUGUUUAAUGUGUUGGGGGUCAUUGUAGGGCAGCGUAAAACUAAAGCGGGGGGAGGUGGGGCAAGGGUUUUGCUGUUUUGUGGUCUGGCGAAGUGUAGUUCCUUGACUUUUUUAACAACCUAUGUGGUCGGAUUUGUUCGUGCACAACAGCUGAACGUCUCCUUGAGCCAAACACAUGUUCUGUGCGAAUGGCAUUAGGGCGUGGGCGAUCAGGAUGGCCGAAUAACAUGCGCAAGGCUGCAAGGGGUGCCAAAAAUGUAUAAAUACAGUGAACUUCCACAGUUUUAACUGAUUUGACAGAUGCACCACAGAGGUGAGGUGUGUCCAACAGGUAACACACAUUCUUUGGGUCUUACGGUAACGGUAAAGUCACGUAGAUGGGUUCAAAGAAAAUAACAAAAAACUACGACGUUUCGAUCGCAACACAAGCGGUCGUUUUCAGGAAAAGGGGGGUUUAGCUUCCAGAGGCAAACUGUGCAUAAAGUUCUUUUUCUUGGUUCUUUCGGUAAAGUCACGUAGAAGGGAAGUAAUAAAAUAAUAAAAAAUAAAACAUAAUAAAAUAAUUCUCACGACGUUUCGGCUACAACGCAAGCAGCCGUCUUCAGGUGAAGAAUGAGACACUACCAAGCUAGGAGCUUAUAUAUACGCUGGGUUGGAGGUGCAAGAAGAGCGCCUUAACAAAAAGAAUGUGCAUAUGAAGAGGAAUUUAGCAUAUUCAUGGGAAAUGCGUAGGAGGAAAUCGAAAUGUAUAAAGGUUUGAAAUAGGCGUGGCCCAAAUGUCAGCAGCCAAUGAUAAUGUAAGUGUUCGGCAGCGAGCCCGCCAGUGGUUCGUUUUCCACCAAUCAAAGGUCUGCCUGGUGAAAAUGAGCAUGUUAAAGAGAGAUUAGCAUGUUAAUGAUAACUCGCAGGGAGGCAAACCGAGGGGUCGGCGCGCGAAGUGACUGUGAAAGUGCAAGUUUGAAAUGGGCGUGAAGCACAACUAACAUCGGAAGGUGGUAGGAUGGGAACAUCAUAGCCAAUUAUGACUUAAACUGGUUGAUAACGUCCUUCCAAUGAUUGCUCGGUUUGUACCCAUCUUCUCGGUUGAAAUUGUGUCUGUGUCUAUAUAUACAGUAUGGAUGGCUUCAUGAACGAAUCUUUGUUGAUAGCCAGUGGGCUUGCAAAGUACCUUUGUCUUAGAGAAAUCAAUUUCGUGUGAGCCCACCACAUUAACCACCACUUGCAUUAACAUUGGCUGCUGACAUUUGGGCUAUGCCCAUUUUAAACCCUUACAAACAGUUUGCCUUUGCAAGCUAACCCCCUUUUCCUGAAGAUGACCGCUUGUGUUGCGAUCGAAACGUCGUAGUUUUUUGUUAUUUUCUUUCAACCUAUCUACGUGACUUUACCGAAAGACCCAGAGAAUAUUAAUUCCUAGUCACGAAAGCUUUAAGUCAAGAGGUAACACACCGUUUAACAUGUAGUAGGCUUUCGCGACCAAUAUUGUCCAUAAGAGGUUUUUGGGUUAGAUCACGUAACAAAAAGUAGUACAGAAGUAGGACAACAGCAGAAUUCGAAUUGUAAAUGUUGUGGGUUUACUCUCCAACACACCGGUGUUCUGUACUCGUAACGAAUUGGCAUGUUUUGUUUACGUGACAAACCUUACUAAUUGGCUGUGUCGGGUGGUGGCGGGUUUAACAAUAUUUAUAUUUUCGUGGUCCUACCAAAAAAAACUUAUAUUAUGGAGGUAACACAAAAAACAAACAAAGACAAGAUACUUGACGGGCCCAUUCUGAAAUUAUGAACAUUUAUUUGUGCGUAUUGGACGCUUACACAAGCACCAAUAUCUUAAACAGCCUUGCACGAUCUAAUGCCCAGCUGUAGUUGUUUUUAUUUUCGCCUGGAGGGGAUCCCCCUGAUGACAAUUGUCUCCAGGUUAGACCCAAGAUUACGAUUCUCCCUUAAGGGGGCUUACAUUCUUCGAUGGACUCAGGGUGCCGUUUAAGCUCAGGCUGGUUCCUUGAGUCAAACCUCGUUCGACGUUACCACUCCUCGCCGAUUGUCGGAUGUGGAAAUGCAGUCUGUGUGUCGUCCCGUGUGACUGCGGUCUCUCGCAGUGCUAAAACUGUCUGGGACUGGUGUAGAUAAAGCAGAAGUGGCUAUUGGUGGGGGGAUGGGGGGGCACUGUUUGUUAAUAUUGCAAUCAAGGUGAAUCGCUCACGGGUAGAAAGUAGAAUUUAGAAUCGCAAUCAUGAAGAAAAAACAUCGCACAUGGCUUCCAUAAUCCUUCUUCUCACGUGCACGUUCGGCCUCGCAAGUAUUUAAUUGGCAAAGAGUUACCUUUGUUACCUUCCGAGCCACACAACGAGAUGACGUCACACGGCGCAACCUUUUGAUCAAUUUUGUCGGGUUUCCCCGAAUAGUAAAGCUAGUUUACGCUAACAUUACAUUAUAUGGUGUAAUCUUUACGAGCGUUAUCCUGACCUCCCUCUACAGACAGACGGAGACAGCUAAUGCAUUGUUGUCCUUCCCCCACCCACAUAGCAUGGUUAGCUACGUACGGUGCGAAAGAAGUUCAACAUACAUGCACAACGCUUUCAACCUCAGUUGUGAAGCGAUCCACGUUUGUUCUUGGAUUUUCGGCCACGUGAUAAUUUUUGCCGAUAUUCUUGUCAUUAAUGCUCCACCACCGGACAAAGAUUUUCACAUUGACAACGAUAUUAUUUCAUAGGUGGCUUUUCGCUCCUACUGAUUGGGAGCGUCAUCAAACCGUGAACUCAGAAAUCGAGGAGCGAAACGCCAUCGUACGCCGAUGUUGCAUUCGGUCGUGAGAAAUUUUAAGCCACCGGAGAGAGACGAUACAUUGGCCAGGUCUGAACAAUAAUAUCUUUGUAAUCGUGGCAAUAUUGUCGGUUUGGUGGAGGGUUAGCGACAAGAAUAUUGGCCCAUAUAUGAAUAUGGACCAUUGUAAUCAGUUAUGAAAGCGUGUUGCUUAAAGAUCGAUGUAAAAUGUUCGUGACCAAUGUUUGCGGAACUGUAAACUCUAAAAGUGAGAUGCAAAGCAAAAGUGAAAAGGAUAGAGCCAAGUGGAAUCAUCGAUCAACACGUUGGCCAAUUGAGGGGGGCUUGGCACACGGGAGCAGGAAUUUGAAACUCGCCGAUGGUGACAACAACAACAAAAAACCCGGGGAGCCGGGAUUUGAGCAGUAGAUCGGGAAAAUAAUGCCCCAUUGCCGUUGAUCGAAAUUAAUGUUCUCAUCGAGUCAAAUGGCUCCCAAUUGUGUUUGCGGGUCGCGCGGUCUUCCUUUAAAGAUGUAGAGCAGCUGUGAUUAUUUGCUUCAGUGAUCGCUGCAUAUGUAUAGAGAAAGAAAUGUGCUGCCGGAUGCGUAGCCGAGAUGUGGUAAUUAUCCGGCGCUUUCAAGCCAUAUGUCUUAACGCGUGCGCAAUUUGUUCAAAUGUAGUGUGCCCGCUUUGUCUUUAUUUAUCGUGAUGCGAGGUGGCUGAGUGGCUCUGGGGGGACUCAAUGGCCAUGUCAGAGCAACAGCCAACGCCACUGAGAUUCUGGGUUUGAAAUCCGUGCCAGCCACCCAUGAUUAAAACCGUCUUCUCCAGUGCAGUGAGAUAUGAUUGUAAUGACCUGGCCACUGCGGACUGCACACACAAUGAAUCGUAAAAGCACUGCUUAUUAAAUGUACAGAAAUAAUUGAAAUGAAGUUGGAAUUUUCAUUUCGCGCAUAAAAAAACUAAUGCAAAUAUACGUGCGUUUCGAAUUCUUAAAGCCAUAAGUUGUGCAACGUGGUUGCAGGCAACCGAAUCACUCUUUUGUAGACGUCAUUGCAAGCGGUUGGGAGCAGUUGCGCAACCGGUUGCUCACAGUAGAGGGACUCUACUUUAAAGUAAUCUAUCUGCUCGGCAAUUUGUGGCCACGUAUUUCAUUUGCAAUUUGUAUUGAUCGCUGCAAUCCCUGACCAGGGUGGCUUUAUUUCCUCGUUGCGCAACUACCCGCUCAGAUGUGGACAAAGCGGUUGCGGGCGAUGAUCUCGCUUGCGAGGAGAUUCACAACUCGUCGCUCGAGUGUGGGCCCAGCUUUAAACAGACACACACACAACAAUUGGUUGGGAUUGAAAUUAAUAAAAAAUAAAACAAUAAAAAUCACGACGUUUCGGAGGCAACACAAGUCUCCGUCAUCACGUGGAACCGUCACAGCCAGAUUUGCUGGUUCGCAGUGGGAAAAUUGAAGUUGUGAGCACUGCCCAUCCCUGGUAAAGGAAUGUGUUGAUAUUUGAAUGCACGCAUACGCAAUAAGGGCAUGGGCAGAUAAUUAGAACGGCCGUUUGGGUCUCACAAAAUAACAGCACAAUAAAGUUAAAUUCCGGUUUGUUUCACGCCGCAUUAAAACACAGAAUGAA